AUGGUCGCUUCCGCCUUGGAUACAGUAACACGAGAGCGAGUCGCAAUCAAGAAAAUCUCCCCCUUUGAGCAUCAAACAUUCUGUCAAAGAACGUUGCGUGAAAUAAAGAUUCUGACGAGGUUCAAGCAUGAAAAUAUUAUUAAUAUCCAAGAAAUAAUCCGAUCCGUUUCCGUGGAACAAAUGAAGGACAUUUACAUUGUGCAAUGUUUAAUGGAAACAGAUCUAUACAAGCUGCUCAAAACGCAAAAGCUAUCGAACGACCAUGUUUGCUAUUUCUUGUACCAGAUUCUCCGCGGACUAAAAUACAUUCACUCGGCAAAUGUCCUUCAUCGGGAUCUUAAACCUUCAAACUUGUUGCUCAAUACGACCUGUGAUCUCAAGAUAUGCGACUUCGGUCUGGCUCGAGUCACUGAUCCUCAAACAGACCACACUGGAUUUUUAACCGAAUAUGUUGCCACGCGAUGGUAUCGUGCGCCAGAAAUCAUGCUCAACUCAAAGGGCUACACAAAAUCCAUCGACGUUUGGUCGGUGGGCUGCAUCCUGGCUGAGAUGUUGAGUAAUCGCCCUCUAUUCCCGGGCAAACACUACCUCGAUCAACUGAACCUUAUCCUUGCUGUUGUGGGAUCACCUUCACAAGAAGAUUUGCAGUGUAUUAUUAAUGACAAGGCUCGCUCUUAUUUGAUCUCCUUACCACACAAACCCAAACAACCCUGGUCCCGCCUUUACCCGGGAGCGGAUCCUCGGGCAUUGGAUCUUCUCGAGAAGAUGUUAACCUUCAAUCCACACAACAGAAUAAACAUCGAACAAGCGUUGGCUCAUCCGUAUCUUGAACAAUACUACGACCCGAAUGACGAGCCGGUAUGCGAAGAGCCGUUCACGUACGAGAUGGAGCUGGACGAUCUGCCAAAGGAGAAGCUGAAAGAGUUGAUUUGGCAAGAGGCUGAACUACAUCACACUCGUAUGCAAGAGGAGGCUGCCAAGGCUGCUGUACAAUAA